CGUCUUUGAAAAUCCUUCCCAUUGUUUCAAAUUAAUGAAAUUUUAUUUCCCUUUUAUUGCCGUCGCAGUCUCUCGCGGCGCAGCAGCUUUCUCACCCUUACCUUUCGCGUCCUCUCUCAGUGUCUCGCGCAGCAGCAGUCUCUCUCGCAGUCGAGCCCCAAAGCUUUUCUAGCCUCAGGGAGGUCGUGAACUCCAAGCCCAAGAAGAAGAAAGGAACUUACUCGUGACUUGUGCGACCCCGACGACGGUUUCGACCAUGACCAAGGCCUUACGACAGUCCCUUCAGCUAGUUGUGUUCUUUCGAAUAUGCUGCUGAUAUGUGUUGUUAGUUUAUGGUUGAUGCAAAUUGAAUGUAAAACUAGGUUUUGUUUGAAAUAACCGUGAGAUCGAUGUGUGAUUUCAUUUUAUUGGAAAAUUUGUUUUCUAUUUUGUCUCAAAUUACUAUCUCAUGAUUUGUUGAAUGUGUGUAUUUUUUUAAUUGUAAUUAUAGAACUGGAUUUGACAAUCAUGAAUGGUUACUAUGGUGUUUGAUUUAGGACCUGCAAAGUGUUACCGACAAAUUAAAAACAAGUCGUACUCGAAAUCGCGGUUUUGCCACAGUGUUCCUGAUCCUAAGACCAGGAUUUAUGAUGUUGGCAUGAAGAAGAAAGGUGUCGAUGAGUUUCCUUUCUGUGUGCAUUUGGUUAGUUGGGAGAAGGAGAAUGUCUCGAGUGAGGCGCUGGAGGGUGCAUUCCACUUGAGAGUCAGGGUGCAUCCCUUCCAUGUUCUUAGGAUCAACAAAAUGCUAGCUUCUUGGGUGCCAUGGACCAUUGGCUAACUGCCAACCAGGAAGAGCUUGUUUGUCUAGUGAUACUGCAUAGUGUGCUUGUUACUAAGAAAUAUUAGACUUGGAUCAGAUUUUGAGUUUAUUGUUUUUGUCUGAACAUUAUUUUAAACUAAGUUGAGUUAAUUUUCUUUUUUUUCCUCUGAACCACUUUGAAUGGAUAAUAGUAAUCUUAUAUGUUGUUAUUGUUCA